CGUGUGUGUGUGUGUGACAGUGACGGGGACGAGGGGAGCGGCAGCGAUCGCGGCUAUUUAAAGGAGGGCAGAGAUGAAAAGUUUUCAGUUCUGAGCUUCUGCCUGGGAGCGGGCACUGACGGAGGCACAGAGACCAGAUCUACACAGAGAACAGAGGCACAGAGUGAAACAGUGACAGGAAAAGGGAGAGACGGGAACACAGAGGUACAGACUGAGAGAGAGAGAGCCAGAGUCCAAGAGCUGACUGAGGUACAGACUGAAACACAGAGAGGGGUAGAGACACAGAGAGACACAUACACAUACACAAACAGAGAGAGAGAGACACACAGUCACAGACAGACAGCCUCCAGGAGGUGAGCAGGUCCAGACUAAACGACAGAGAGAGACAGACAGACAGAGGUGAGCAGGUGCAGACAGACACAGUGGCCCACAGCCAGUGAGGGACUCGGACAGACACAGACAGUGAGGGUCUCAGACAGAGACACAGACAGUGAGGGUCUCAGACAGACAGACAGACAGACAGACAGACACAGCAUGGCCCCACUGGCUCGGUCGCUGAGGCUGGCGGCGGUGUGUGCGCUGCUGGCGGCUCUGGUCCCGGGGCCGGGCGAGGCAUGGUACAAGCAGGCGGCGGGACCCAGCUACUACUCGGUGGGCAGAGCCUCGGGGCUGCUGUCCGGCAUCCGCCGCUCCCCCUACACCCGCAGCUCGGAGCCCGGAGACGCGGCACACAACAGCGUGGAAGCGAAGGUCGCCCCUGCAGCCCGGGGCGCCGUGUUCAUCAAAAACAUGGUGGUGUGCGUGAAGGACAUCUUGCCGAGUUUGCAGACCUGCGAGUUGCUUCCCGAAGGACUCAACACCUUUCAGUGCAAGGCCGACAUCUUCCUCUCUCUGGACAGUCAGGAUUGCGGCAAUGUCUGACGGACCCUCUCCACCACACCACCAAGAGACCCCCCCACCCACCUCGCACCAAAUGUUUUUAUCUCCAUUCAUUCCCAAAGAUUCAAGACAACCAACUCCAAACUCGAUGACCAGUCAAAAUCUACAGUCUGUUUAAAACAAAAUGAACCAACAUAUUUGUAGCUGAGCGGUUGCUGGGUUGUUGUUGAUUCUCUCUCUAUGUUAAAUACAUUACGGUAUGAAUGCAGAAUGAAUAUAUAAAUGAACCAUGCAUUGGUGAUAAUGUCUGCAUCGGCAUUGACUAUUAAAUUUCAGCCUUAAAAAAAAAUCUGUGUCUCUGC